CUUCUGUUUCAGGAAAAUAUGAAGCAAUUUAACAGUCCACUUGAGCGGCCGAGUGAAACGGCCUGGUUGUGUUCUUCACCUUCUCAUCGUCCUCAUCCACAACUUCACUUUCUUCAUUGCCAUCCCUCUCCCUCCUUCGCCAUCACCCGCCCUGAGUGUAUCUGCCUCCCUGUCUAUCUACGAGGGCGCUAUUACCAACUUCACUUCCGAAACCGCUGAAUGGCCACGCCUUUGUCCCCGGUCCUCGCCUGUACCGAGUUUGUAGCUGCGGAGGGACGAUAUGAGCUGUAUCAGGACAUCUUCCUAGACCAAGUAUUGCCGCACCCUGUCAUCCCCACGCAUGUCUCUUCCGUCUCUGUCAAGUACAAGGACUAUUUAAGCGCCGGAGGCAGUGGCGCCAAUGUGACGAGAGCACACGAUAAGCAAACUAAUACAUACAGCAUACUCUCAACCUCGGACCUCGAUCGCCUCGAGGAACGUCUCAAGGAUUUCAAACUUGGGGAUGAAAAAGGUGGCGGGGAUGAGAAAGAGUCAUCAGUUGCAGGAGGAAGGGUCUUGUCAAGGAACUUCCACGGCAACCUAGUCGACUUGCCCUUGUACAAUGAAGAUGUCUCAAGCGAGCUCAAGAGUUCUUGCAGCGAUAUGAUAUCUCCAGCACUUUCUCAGCCGAUGACCCCAGGCCCGCCUCCCCUGAAGGAUUCAACACCCUCGAGUCGCCUGUCCGACCCAUGCUCACAGUUCGGACUACCACCACCUAUGCCGCAACAACAACAACAACAACAACAACAACAACAACAACAACAACAACAACAACAACAACAACAUGGGUUCAAGAGUUUAAGUCGAGGCAACAGCUAUUACUUUCAGAGUCAAGAAGACAACAGCGGUGCCAACCUGUCGUCCUCGGUCACAGGAGGCUCCUCUGCUGGGUUCUCGUCAUUUUUCAACAGCAAGAAAAAGAGGUCCAAGAACAACAUUACAAAAACGAACUCGACAUUUGUGGCCAAGAUCACAACGCACGAUAACCUGGCCAAGAUCCUGGCCAACCGCGUAGGCGAAGAUGUGUACUUGUUCUGGAACACGGGAAGGACGUUCACUUGGAGUGACCUGGGUCAGAAACCCAAUGAACCGCUGUCACAUAUUUCGUUUACAAAGGCAUUUCCAACCUCUCACGAUGUUAAUAUACUCACGCGAAGCUGCGAUCAUCUGGAUGUCAUCAUUGGCUUUUCAACGGGCGAUAUCAUUUGGUUCGAUCCACUCUGCAACAAGUAUUAUCGACUCAAUAAACAGGCGAUCAUCAAGGAUAGCGCAGUGACCAUGAUCAAGUGGAUGCCCGGGUCUGAAAGCCAGUUCAUGACCGCUUUCCAGGAUGGAUCCAUCUUGAUCAUGGAUAAGGACAGGGACGACAACACGUUUACAGUACCACACCCACCAAAUGACACCCUAUUUCACGUAACACGACCAAAGCAUGGAAAGCACAAUCCCAUCAGCCAUUGGCAGGUGUCCAAGAAGCCAAUCACAGCUUUUGCAUUCUCGCCCGAUCUCCAGCAUGUCGCAGUUGUGUCUAUGGAUGGCUGCCUAAGAAUAAUCGAUUUCAGGAGCGAAAGACUCUUAGAUACCUUCUCUGCCUAUUUUGGAGCCUUGAACUGUGUGUGCUGGAGCCCUGACGGCAAAUAUGUCCUGACUGGCGGUCAGGACGAUCUGGUGACUAUUUGGUCUUUCAAGGACCAAAGAAUUGUCGCACGAUGCCAGGGACACCAAUCGUACGUGACAGGAGUGGCCUUUGAUCCAUGGAGGUGUGAUGAGCGCAACUACCGUUUCGGGAGUGUAGGCGAGGAUGCGAAACUGCUUCUUUGGGAUUUCAGUGUGGGUGCUCUGCAUAAACCCAAGGCAGUGGCGGCGGCUCAAAGGCGCGGCAGCAACGCUACUGUAUCAGGCAUGGCGUCCGGAGGAGGCGCCAGUGGGUAUAAGCCAGGACAUGCCAGUAAGGGUAGUAUCAGCAGCUUGAAGGGGAAUGGCGGCCACAGCUUGUUUUCGGGACACCACGCGAAUAAGUUGUCCACUUCGCAGGCGUCGCAUCCAACGCCUGCAGCGAACCAUCAUCAUCAUCAUCACCAUCAUUUUCAUCACCGUGCGCCUCCAGUCAUUGCAGAGGAAAGUGCUCAAGACCACGCAAGCGAUGGAAGCGAUGAGACCUCCUCGGUCUUGCCUUCACCCCGAGACGUCUACGGCACCCAUGCUAGUGCCGGCGUCGCCCCAUCACCAUUCCAGUAUCCGGUUCGGGCGGGAGAAGUCCCUGUAGUAGAUGAAAGUUCCUCAUCAAGUUCGUCCGUCUACUCUGCGACGCUGGUCUCAGAGGUUGGUCGUGGUCGGGCGCACUCAACUAGUACUGCGGCUGGAACUUCGAGCGGGGUCAACGCGGAUGAAACAGCCGAUACGGGCUCUUCGAAUGCCAUUUACAGGAAAACCGCCCAUGCUCGGACGUUGCCUCAUCUCCACCUACACAAGCCUCACUUUCAGGGCUCAGAUAACCAGGACAGCCACCACCAUCACCACCAUAAUAACAGCCAUAACCAGAAUCAUGGACAAGGACUCUCGCAUAAUAACGGGGACUUUCAGGUCGUUCGACCACCCGAACCACGAUCUCACGUCGCGAUGCUGCAGCCUUUGAUGGCAAAAGUGAUUCAUCAGGAACCGUUGGCAAGUAUAAUUUUCAAGGAGGACGCGAUCAUGACGAGUGACCGGAGAGGACACAUCAAGGUGUGGAAGCGGCCACCUCCGCUGCGAUAGAAGCGGCUUUAGAGCCAGCAUCUUUUCAAAUAUUAAAUCGUAUGUAAUAAUGGUCAUAUACCAC